AUGGCUCGCAGAUUUGAACAAGCCAUCUUGGCCGAUGAAGUGGCCGUCAUCGGACCCGGGACCGUGGGCAGCAUUACCUUCACCGCUCCAGGUCCAGACUCCCAAGAAAACAAGACCGGUAAGAAGCGAGGCCUGACCGAAUUCAGAGCUAUCGGCGCCGGAAGGCUCCUGAGAAAUGUCGCCGCGGUGGUGAUGAUGAUCAGCACCGAGUGCGUGGUGCUCGCAAAUAUUUCUGCCCCCGUCGGACUCGACGACACAGUUGAAUCUGUGACCCGGAACCCGGUAGAUACAUUUCUACAGGUGUGUCGCCGCACGGUAAGCCCCGCGGCGCCCCAAAGCUAUGUAAUCGUCGAUGCCAUCAACCCCGAGGGCUGGGUCUGGGUGUUCCCUGAACGAGUGAGCCUUAUCGGGAGAAUGCUGAGUGAUGCGUUACCAGGGACUACACCGUCACAAAUUGGGUAUGAGGUUCAAAGCUCCGAGUUCGGUUGGGCGAAAGGGCAGACUGCAUAA